AUGUACUUAUCUCAAUUACCCCAAAAACCGUUUUUUCCUCUCCACUUAUGCAGCUUCACCUCCAUUUUUUUCAAAGAAAAAUAACAACCUCUCAAAGCAAAAUUAUUUUUUCUCAAAACUCCACUUUUUUUUUUCCCUCUCUUCUUCCUUCCUUUCUUCCUGUUUUUUGCAGGGGAGAAGGGAGAAUUUGAUUGGAUUUUGCUCAAAUGUAAAUAUAUUCUCAGAGCUUAUUAUCUUUAUGAUUAUAUUGUCAUAAGCUCCUUCCCUGCAUAUUAUCACAGGAAGCUUUUCUUGAUUCAUUUGAGAAGAAUUCUAUAUUAUUAUCCCCAAUGGAAGGUAGAAGAGGUGCCGCUGAUGUCCAAGAAAAUGGAGAAAACAAGAAAAAGCAUGAAGCAGAGAAGGAACAAGACGAGAAAAAGGACGACGAUAACAACAACAACAAUAGAGAUAAUGAUCAGCACUACUCAACAUCAUCAUCACCAAGAGGAGUUUUAGAGAUUCCCACAAUGGGUACCGGUUCAUCGGAUUCAGAUAAUAGCAGCAUUAGCAGCAGUGAUGAUAGGAGCAGCAGUUUUACAUCAUCAUCUUCAGGGGAAUUAAGUCAAGGUGUUUAUUGGAAAAAUCUUUUUGAUAAUAUCAAAAGGAGGUCUAUGAGAAGAUUGUCAAGUAUACCCCCAUUAUUAGGAGGAUAUGAAAUGAUUUUACCAAAGAAUAUAAGAAGAAUUUUGUCCAAGAAUAGAAGUGCUGAAGAAGAGGCUACUGAUUGUGAUGAUCUUCCAAAGCCUUCUUGGAGGAAUUUUAGCUAUGGGGAACUUGUUGAAGCUACUGAUAAUUUCAGUCCAGGCAAGUUGAUCGGGCAAGGAGGACAUGCAGAAGUGUACAAAGGACGUUUAUCUGAUGGUCAAGUAGUCGCGGUGAAGAAAAUAACUAAGAAAGAAAAGAACGACGAGGACAAAGUUGAUGAUUUCUUAUCUGAGCUGGGAAUUAUUGCUCAUAUUAACCAUCCUAAUGCUGCUAAAUUAAUCGGUUAUAGUGCUGAUGGCGGUUUGUUCCUUGUUCUUCAGUACUUACCCCAUGGCAGCCUCGGUUCUUUAAUACAUGGUGCAGAAGAGAGACUUGACUGGGAAAUAAGAUAUAAAGUUGCUGUUGGUGUUGCUGAAGGAUUGCUUUAUCUUCAUUGUGAUUGCCAAAAGCGCAUAAUCCAUAGAGAUAUUACUGCCUCAAACAUAUUAUUAACUGAGGAUUAUGAACCUCAGAUUUCUGAUUUUGGACUAGCAAAGUGGCUACCAGAAAAAUGGGUUCAUCAUGUUGUUUCUCCCAUUGAAGGCACUUUUGGAUAUAUGGCUCCAGAGUACUUUAUGCAUGGAAUUGUUAAUGAAAAAACAGAUGUAUUUGCCUUCGGAGUUUUGUUAUUGGAGCUUAUUACUGGUCGUCGUGCAGUUGAUUCGUAUCAAAAAAGCCUUGUGUUGUGGGCAAAACCAUUGUUGCAGAAGAACAACAUCAAGGAAAUAGCAGAUCCUCGUCUAGGUGAUGACUAUGAUGUUGUUGAGAUGAAACGCGCCAUGUUUACAGCUUUAUCAUGCCUUCACCACUUGCCUGACAUUCGUCCAAACAUGAAAAAGGUUGUUUUGCUAUUGAGAGGCGAGAACGCACCAGUAGACAUGAAGCAAAAGUCAAUGGGAGGGAGAGCAUUGAUGUUUUCGGAAGAUUACACGAGCACACAUUAUCUCCAGGAUCUCAAUCGCCAUAUGGAACUCGUUAUGGAGUAAUCUUUUUACAUUUUUUGUCAAAGCGCUAUCGAUCCUAGCUCUGCUUCUGCUGCAACUUUAUACAAUUGUUAUCCAUUUUUUGAUAUAUACGCGUGUAAAAAAGGGAGAGAGUUUUAUCCAGAGCUGCUAAUUUUUGGUUGAAAUUUUCUGAGAUGCUGACUUCGAGUUUCUCUUUAAGGCCAUUAGCAGCACAAGUUAUGCAGUAGGAAAGAAAGGAUUGUACUGCAUUAAGUACAUUAUAACAUAUGAAAAAAGAAAAGAGUUGAUUUUUUU